GCCGAGUGGCGCGCGGCGGACGGGAGCGCAGCGCAGCGCAGCCGCGGGGAGCCAGCAGCGCGCGGAGCCGGCCAUGGGCAAGUCAGCUUCCAAACAAUUUCAUAACGAGGUCCUGAAGGCCCACAAUGAGUACCGACAGCAGCACGGCGUCCCCCCACUGAAGCUCUGCAAGAAGCUCAACCAGGAGGCUCAGCAGUAUUCUGAGGCCCUGGCCAGCACGAGGAUCCUCAAGCACAGCCCGGAGUCCAGCCGUGGCCAGUGUGGGGAGAACCUCGCGUGGGCAUCCUACGAUCAGACAGGAAAGGAGGUGGCUGAUAGAUGGUAUGGCGAGAUCAAGAACUACAACUUCCAGCAGCCUGGCUUCACCUCGGGGACUGGACACUUCACGGCCAUGGUGUGGAAGAACACAAAGAAGAUGGGCGUGGGGAAAGCAUCUGCAAGUGACGGCUCCUCCUUCGUGGUGGCCAGAUACUUCCCAGCAGGGAAUGUCGUCAACCAGGGCUUCUUCGAAGAAAAUGUCCUGCCUCCGAAGAAGUAACUUGUCCAAAGUAAUGGGAAUGUGGAUACGAAGUGCCUAGAACAACCAAAACCCAGCUGUGUGCCUGUCCCUGUGGAUGUAUGUGCUUGUGUGUGUGACGUGCGUGAGCGUCUCUUGUACACACACUUGCACAUACAGUGCCGCGGGAGCACAUUCGUAUUAAAGGGACGAGCAUAGGAAGCAUUUACUCUGGUGGUUACCUAGACCGCAAUUGUUUGGAUUUGGGGGAGAAGUCAAUUUUUUUCUAAAUUUGGUGUUUCUAAGCCAACUUCUUUUGUACCUUUUCUUACUUCUAAUAUCCAUCCCUGGACUUUCUGUAUUCAAAAUAUUUGUUAUCUGUGAUGCUGAGAAGUGAAGUUCAUUUUAUGUGAUCUUCAUGCAUUGUAAUCUACUUUUGGUAGAUAUUUAAGAGUAUUAAACCCUCAUUUAAAUGUGACAUAAAAUACAGCUUUAAACAUGUAAAUAUAAAGCAGCUUCCACUGGAAACGUGCGGCAGGCAGGGCUCCAAUCGAUAGAAUCAUUGAGAUUCGUCAGUUGUAAAAUGUGGCUUUCUCCUGCACGCCUAAUGGGAUUGCCAAAGAACAAACAGAGAAAAGCUUUACUUCCUUGCAUUUUUCUACCUUUAAAUAGCAAAAUACCACUACCACCACCGCCUCUUUCCCCCCACCCCACUCUUCCCACUUUUUAUUAAACUUUUCUGGUGUUUCAGAGCUCAAUAUGCUGCCCCUGCUUUCUGGGGAGUUGGGCGGGGCCUGAAGCUCCCCUCCCCCACCUCCGCUAGGUGGCCCAGGCCUGCAGUGGGAGGGAGACCCUCAUACUGCCUGGGCUCCUGGCCAAGCGGCCUCAGAUGGAUGAAGUCAGAGAGUGGGGGUGAGGGUUGAGCUCACUCGAGCCCCUAGAGGAAGCCCUCCAGCCUCUGCCCUCCCCCUACUCAGGGCCGGAGCCAGGCCUGUUCCUGGCAACUGUGGCUGCAGCUGUGCUGUUGCUCCCUCCCGGAAUGUGUGACAAGCCCAAAUGUUCCAGGGAGAUGUCCCAGGCAGGGGGCUUAGAAACGCUAAUUUGGUUCAGUGUUUUGCCUCAAACUAUACUUGGUUCCCCUGAAUAGCAAUCUCACAAGGUCCAUAUGGGAGGGACCAACCCAGAUGCCAAGCCUAGUGUCCCUGACACCAUGGCAGCCCCAUCUGUCCAGACAGCAGGGGCGGGAGUGAGGGGCGGCCAGCCCCACGACAGGAGUGUGGGCAGGCCAGUCUUUGCAGCAGCGUGCUGGUGCUCGAGGUCUUUGUCGCACUGUGAACAGCCUCACACCGUUCCACUCACUUCACCUAGGGAUAUUGACUAAUAAGACAAUAAACUUUUUCUUUGUGUAA